UUUAUUAUUUCCAUCUCUUGUAAUAUAAUGAAGCUUUUAUAAACCUUUUACUGAAAACAAUGUCCGAAAUAAAAUGUUUAGAACAUUCAACUUUGAAAGUUCCUUAUGAAAUUAUUAACAAAAAAUUUCGGGUGGCUCAGAAAGCCAUAGACAGAGAAGCCGAUCAAGUCCAACUUGCGUCGAAAGAAGUUGAAAAAGCUCUGAAGGUCUCUGUCCAUCCAACGAUUUCAGACAUUAGUAGAUUGGUUGGCUGUGUCGUGCAACGCAUACAAGUGCUGAAAAGAAAAGCCGAGGAGAACAUUGAAGAUGAGCUAAACUCGAGCUAUGUUUGUAAGCGUAAAAUUGAACAUCUUAAAGGAAUCGCUCCUCCAGAAAAUAACAAUGAGAUUUGGCAAGCUUCUUUCGACAAAUGGAAAAGGGUUAGGAUCGACAGAAUGGUGGUUGAACAUUUGCUACGAAUGGGCUACUACAAAACUGCAGAACGUCUUGCUUCGCAAUCUAAUAUACAACAUCUAACAAAUUUAGAUAUAUUUCACGUCUCUCGUGAAGUUGAGAAUGAUUUGGCAAAUUACAAAACGACGAAGUGUGUUCUCUGGUGCAUUGACAACAAAUCUAAGUUAAGAAAGAUCAACUCAAACAUAGAAUUUGAUUUACGGGUUCAGGAAUUUGUGGAAUUAAUUCGUAAAAAUUUACGAGCAGAAGCCGUCAUGCACGCUAGAAAACAUUUUCCUGCAUUCGAAAAAACUCAAAUAAAAGAAAUUUGUGAAUGUAUGGCUCUUUUAGCUUAUCAGCCUGACACAACUAUCGAACCGUACAAAAGUCUCUUUGGUAUGAAACGUUGGAAGGAACUUGUGAUUAAAUUUCGGAAUGAAAACUAUCGCCUAUUCCAGUUGUCAACACAGUCUCUUUUAACCGUUGCAAUUCAAGCCGGUCUCUCCGCAUUAAAAACACCGCAGUGCUACUCUAUAACUUGUAAAAAUCUUAAUUGCCCGGUUUGUCAGGAAGACUUCAAUCAAAUUGCAAAACAUUUACCUUAUUCACAUUGCGUUCAGAGUCGUCUAAUUUGCAGAAUUACUGGACUUCCUUUAAAUGAACACAAUUUACCAAUGAUGUUACCGAAUGGUCAAAUUUUUGGGCAAUUGGCGUUACCUGAAAUAACAAAGGAAAAUGGAACAGUUCUGUGCCCUAUCACAAAUACGAAGUUUUCUAAUCCGAAAAUCGAAAAAGUCUUUGUAAUGUAACAAAGCAAAUAUAUU